UAAACUUGGUUAUGUUGCCUAUAUACUCGCAGCUCUUGCACUGGCUCAUUUUAACCAAAUUGAUAUCUUACGGAUUGGCAAUAGAUGAGGAAUUACUGCAUUAUGUCAGCGACGACGUUCCUGGUGGCUCCUAUAAAUAUUAUAGCCUAACAUACGACGGUUAUAUUAAAAUACGAUUAACUUCGUUAACUGGUGAUGCAGAUUUAUAUGCAUCACAAAUUACAAACAAACCAACAUAUGAACCAGACCAUUAUUGCUUACAAUCUACAACUUGCGGAGAGGAUAUCAUUUUUAUACCUAAGAGCUUUAAGCGACCUGUGAGCAUUGGAGUUUAUGGCCAUCCAUCGCAUGAAAUUAGUAAAUAUACACUGUUAGUAUUUGAAGUGAUGGUUGAAGACGACAUACCCUACGAUCAAACAUCAAAUACUUACAGAGAUCAAGAUAACAAAGUAGCUAUUCUUCCUCCUCUCUAUUAUCUCUACCUUUUAUCUUUUAUUUAA